AUGCAUCGUCUUUUUACUGAGCUGGAGCCAUCUAUUACUGUUACCGAGCAAAACCUGGCAGACCGAGUUCGGUAUAUCUUACGCUCAAAUAUAUUUGAUGGCGCCGAACUCGAACGGCUAAGACGUGAGGCUGUUCCCUCAUCAAAUGAAAACGAUACGACUGAGGGUGCGGUGCCACAAGUUGCAGAACAACCCGCACAUGUGGAUGCCGCCGUGAAUACCCCAGUGGUUGCUGAUUCAAAUGAUGAUGGAACAUUCACCCAGGAACUAGAAAUAGAGCAAAUGAGGAGUACAUUGGAAGAGGCGAUUACGGAAACGCCAGUACCGAAUCAGGCCGACACGGUUGCAUUCUGGCGCGGCCUGUGGUCAGAGCCCGUAAACCACAACGAGGGCCCUUGGACGGAAGUUGUGGCGAGUCAGUGUGCGGGUAUUACGCCCAUGGAUCCCGUCACCAUAACGCCGGAUGACGUAGCUGAGGCGGUCCGUAGGGCCCCGAACUGGAAAAGUCCGGGACUCGACGGGCUGCAUCACUAUUGGCUGAAGGGGUUCGUGGUGUGUCACACUGUGCUCGCCCGACAGUUUCAAGAGGUUCUCAACCAGAAGUUGCUCCCGAGCCUCUUCACUACUGGGAUCACACAUUUGGUUCCUAAAGGCCAGGACGAUGAUGGAAUAGUGUAUCACGAACUAGAGAAAAUGAGGAGCAUAUUGGAAGAGUCGAUGCUGGAAACGCGGACCAUGCCUCUCGAAAAUCGACCGCGACUUUCUCGCAUACCCCUUAGCAAGCGAAAUCGGGCUGUCGUGCGGGCUCUUAACUCAAUGCUGGUGACCUAUUUGGAAGCCAGCCGGGACCUUUGCGAGACGGAAUCAAUUCUAUUUGGCGCCGCACUGGCAGUAUGCCGCAUUAUUGGUUCCAAAAUUCCCAUGGCUGGACGUGCUACUCGACAAAGUAGCGCCAUCUCAGUCUGGAGAAAAAGAAUCGAGGACCGUAUCUCAAAGGCAAGGGUUCUUAUCGGCAGACUAACAAACUUCAGGUCAGGUAAUAAUAGACCGAGAGUUGUGCGCACCGUUAGAAUGGCAUUUGCUGGGACAUACAUUAGUUUGUGCCAGCCGGAUAUCACGCAGAAACUAACGGAGCGCAUAGAUGACCUGAAGCAAAAAACUCUGCUUGAGGGAAGCGAAUUCGACGAUUUCGCGCGAGGUCAAGGCGGUUCAACCAGAAUCGUCUCUUCCAGAGUGAUCAGAAGAGGCUCUAUAAAUCAUUGGAGUUCGUAA